AGAGGUCAAUGACACCUGGAAAGAAGUUAGGGGGUCUUGUCGCUGCUACAGUCACCCCGAUGACUCCUGAUGGCCCCUUAAUGUGAUGAGCCUGCAGUAAUUACCACUUGAGAGAGAAGAUUGGAAUGACGAACAGAGAAACUGGAAGAAAGAAUAUGCAACCAAACUGUUACCUGAAAUGUCAAACAUAUGCUGAGGAUAUCAGACCUUGGGACAAAUUAACCUUUCAGUGAUCUCUCAAUAUGUGGAUUACCUGGUAAGCAAGCAGAAUGUGAAGAAUGUUUUUGUGAAUGGAACAACAGGAGAAGGGCUGUCCCUUAAUGUCCAGGAGCGGAAGCAGUUGGCAGAAGAAUGGUUGUGCCAAGGAAAAGACAACUGCUUGCCACUGUCAGCAUUUUCCUUCAGUGUCUGCUUGUCAGAUUGGAUCAUGUGAUAAUUCACGUGGGAGCACUGAGUCUGGCAGAGUCCCAAGAGUUGGCAAGGCAUGCAGCAGCUGUAGGUGCUACUGGUAUUGCUGUGUUAGCCCCUUUCUUCUUCAAACCAACAAACAAAGCUGAGCUGAUAGCUUUUUUACAGAAGGUUGCAUCUGAAGCCCCUGCAGUUCCAUUUUAUUACUAUCACAUUCCUCCUCUGACAGCUGUGAAGAUUCGUGUUGAAGAGUUGCUGGAUGGAAUAACAGAGCAGAUCCCUACCUUCAGGGGUGUGAAGUUCAGUGACACGGACCUCCUAGACCUUGCACAGUGUAUAAACAAGAAUGAGAGAGAACAGUUUACAUUUCUUUAUGGGGUGGAUGAGCAACUGCUGAGUGCACUGGCAAUAGGGGCAGAUGGAGCAGUUGGAAGCACAUACAACUAUUUGGGCCAAAAAACCAAUCUGAUGUUGCAAGCCUUUGCAAAGCCAGACCUUGCAUUAGCACGGAAGUAUCAGUUUCUCACUGGGGAAUUUCUCAACUUUGUCACCAAACUAGGUUUUGGUGUUGCACAGACUAAAGCUGUGAUGACUUUUGUUUCUGGUAUUCCUAUGGGACCUCCAAGGCUUCCACUUGUUGAUGCCUCUGAGGAGUUCAUCAUCAAGGCCAAAGCCAAACUGGAGAGCAUCGUGUGGCCUGACAGUGACUGAUGUUCACUUCAGUGGUGAACUAAAAGUGGGGUCUCCUUUUCUGGGACUCAUUGUCACCUGGCACAUGCCACACGUGAUGAGCUGGGAUUUUAUUCAGGGAAAUGUGCCUGGGCCCCUUCCUGUUAGGGCUGGCCUUGUUGGCACACAGAUGGUCACCUUUUUGUGUCACUUCACUCUGCUUCCCUGGAGCACUGCACAUCCCAGGAAUAGCUGUUAUGUCUUAGUAAAGAAAUUUGUGACAGUGGAAGGAUACUGAGUCCUUUUCUCUAGAAAUGAGGAAGAUCUCUCUCCCCUCUCUUCAGCUAAAUCAUGUUUAGUCCUCUCUCUCCAUAAUAUCUCCAGCACUACAGGAUGUUUUCAAACACUAUGACACUGUUUAGUUGCUCAAAUGGGGAUUUUACUAUUUGUCACAAUGUCAUUGGGACACUGACCAUGUAUGCAAAAUCCAGUUUUUGAUUGAUCUCAUUGUCUUUGUGCAC